AUGGGGAAAACAAACAGCAGUAAGAGAGAGGAGGCCACAGGUUCCUUCAGGAUGGACCUGCUCCUCUACCUGCUCCAUCACAGCGACUCACCGCCACAAACACAAACAGUCAUUCAGCGCUCACAUAAACAUCUCAGCACAUACAGUGGAACAGCGAACACUCCUCCCUCUGCAGAGCGCAUCCCAGAGGAAUGCAGUGGUGUGCGUGUCUGA